CUUUUCAUUGGUCGAUUUGACCCCAGAACAAGUAUAAAUUACAAGACAUAAACUAAGCGAAUUUAAGCUUGAAAGUGAUUUACAAAUCACAGAAUCUGGCUGAACCAUAGAGAAUGGCUUCUCCACUGACAAUCGCUACCAUCUGUCUGUUACUGGGUGAACAAAUAACAAAGAUUCAAGCGCCGAUACCUCACAACGCAGGUCGAAAAGUUGUGAGUGACCUCGCAAAAUCUAUCCAUGAUAACAUGGAAACAAAUCAAAAUAAAAAGCGUGUCCUGCCUCUCCUCGCUCUUCUACCCGCCGGGAUAACCGCCGCCAAAUUAGCCGCCGCCGCGGGGGUUGUAUCGGCUGGGGCAAGCCUUGCGACUAUGACAAUUAAAGCUCUCACACUAUUGCCAUACAAGGUUACAAUGGGCAUGGAAGUUGACAACUGGACCAGGUUUAAUAUGGUCAAUCCGGAGGUUACAGUAAAGAGUGGAGUCAUUGCUACUUCUCCUGUUCCCGUUUUGUCGGGUCAAAAAGAGGCGAUGGUGGCAAGAAAGACAGCAUAUUCGGCUACUGGUACCUUUGGUGUGGUGUCCUGGGAAAUCGAGGGUAAAUCUCGCAGAGUAGUCGUUAUGUGGUCAGUACCAUAUCACUACUAUGGGUACAGGAACACGUUAGCUGUCGGAAUAACAAAGCAAAACGCAAACCAUGAUGGUGGAUGGGCUGACCAAAUGUACAACUAUGGAAGUAACGCGUGGAUAGGGUUUGAGAGGAAGGAGUAUUACGACAACGUAAAAACCGUGGCAUGGGAGGCCCCUGACUUAGGGUUGAUCGUUUUUGCGACCAUGGGUACUGUACAGCACGCUGUAGUUCAGGUCACCCUCUCUGCAAAGGUUGUGGGUGACCUCGCAAAACCUAUCCAGGAAAAGCUUGGAUAAGAAUCAAAAGAAAAAGCGUCGCAUACACUUCAAACAGUAGAGUCGGAUGAACGUCCGGGCGAAGUUACUGCUGAUGCGAUCAGGCUUGUUUGAUAUUGGCGUUAUAACGGCAAGGCUUUACAUGUACUUCAAGAUUACUGCAAGGCUUUACUUCAAGAUUACUGCAAUGCUUUACUUCAAGAUUACUGCGAGGCUUUUACUUCAAGAUUACUGCAAUUCUUUACUUCAAGAUUAUUGCACGGCUUUUCUUCAAGAUUUAUGCAUGCAUGAUUUUCUUCAAGAGAACUGUAUUGCUUUACUUCAAGAUUACUGCAUGAAUGUACAUCAAGAUUAUUGUAUUUCUUUACUUCAAGAUUACUGCACGGGCUUACUUCCAGAUAACUGCACGGGUUUACUUAAAAAAUACUGCAUGACAUUACUUCAAGAUUUUUCUUAACGGCUUUUAGAGCAAGAAAUGACGACAUUGUUUAUGAUUGAUAUGUAACAUUGUCUUCCUUAAAUUUUCGAUAUAUUUCGUAUAUGCACGGUGUGUAUGUGCUUCCAUUUCUUACCUGCUUGGAUGAUACAUCUGUUUUAGUUCAAAAAAUAACUUUACAUAAUAACUUGUGUUUAAAUAUUUCAAUGGUUUACCAUUAUAAUUGUGUCAACUUACAUGCCUGUCAAUUAAUUACAUACAGAAA